AGAGAGAGAGAGAGCGAGAGCGAGAGAGAGAGAGAGAGAGAGAGAGAGCGUCUAGGAGGAUUUCUCGGCGGCGUCGUCUCGUCUUUUGCAGCUUAUUAUCUUUGUGCACACGGAUUUACACGCGCGGAAGGAGGAGUCGGGAGGAUUAGUAGGAUGCUGAGUAGCCUCCCUCCACGCCAGUCUUCUCCACGCUGCUUUCCAUGAGCUGAGAGCGCCACCUAGCGGGAGGAACCAAUCAGCAGAAAGAGAAUAAGGAGGGCAGAAGGCCAGGGAAGGAUAGAAGGAACAAACUUUUUUGUUGCGGGUUCUUUCUUCUUUCGGGAAUGGCGGCGACGGAAGCCGACGCGGCGCCCGCGGUCCAAGAAGACGGGAAGACUGUGGAGAGCAAGCAGCCGGAGGCGGAGCAAGCGACCAAUAAGGCGAACUCAGAGAGCGCCAACAGCGAAGUGCCAGAUAAAGACGGCGUAGCAGUCAACAGUGAGGUUGUCCCUAACAAAGACACUGUCAAUAACGACACCGCGGCAGAGGCAGUGACGGAGGCCGGUGGCGGCGGCGGCGGCGAGGAGGCCGGAGAAUCCAGCGGCGAGGCGCCAGCCCCUCAGAGCUCGGAGAACGCAGAGCACAAGACUUCCUUCCUGGACUCCUUCUUGAACAAGAGCGGGCUGGGCAAGGUGAUGGCAUCCAGAAAAAAGAAGGAGCCCAGCGCUCCCGCAGGCGGUGGGGAGGAGAGUGCCGCAGAGGGGGCGGAGAAAGAGGGAGAGGAGGGGACGGCGGCUGAGGGAGGAGCAGAAGCAGGCUCCGAGGGGGAGGCGGUGGCCAACGGAGAGAAAGAAGAGGAGAAAAAGGAGGAGGAGAAGAAGGAGGAUGAGAAGAAAGGCAAAGUGUCUUCAGUAGGGGAGAUGAUCCGGAGGCCCGUGGCCAAGAUCUUCUCUCACCGCAGCACCGCCACUCCAGAACCUCCUAAACGCGCCAAGUCUUUGGAUCGCCUGGAGGAUCCCCAAGCACUCAACGCCUCCACAGAGGAGGGAGCAGUUGCAGGAGCGGCGGAAGGUGAGGCAGAACAAAAAGCCUCCUCGUCGGCUGGCUCCUCCAAGCACAUGAAGCGCUGGCACUCCUUCAAGAAGCUGAUGGCCCACAAAACACACAAGAGGAGCAGCGCUGAGGAGGCGGGGGAAGGAGCAGAAGGAGGCGGCGACUCCUCCACGUUGGACUCCAAGGAGUCCGGCCAAAAGAGGUGGAAGCUCAAACGCUCCUGGACCUUCCAGGGAAUCAAGAGGGACACCUCCAUGGUCGGCAUCAGCGCCAAGACCAGGGGCUCCGACAAGCCGGAUGAUACGGAUGAGGAGCCCAAGGCAGACGAGCCCGAGGUGGCGGCCGAGGUGGCAGCCGAGGGGGCGGCCGAGGAGGCCAAAGUCGAUGGCGGCGAAGAAAAGGUGGAGGGAAGCGAGGAGGAGAAGGCGGUGGGAGGAGCGACGGUGACGCACCACGCCAACGAGAUUUGGACCUCCUUCAAGAAGCGUGUCAUCCCCAAGUCCAAGCGUGCCAACACAGAGUGCCCCCCCAGCGGGGAAGACGACGCUACCGCUGCCGUCGCCUCAGGCGAGGACGGAGCAGCAGACGAGGGCAAAGACGGAAAGUCGGCCAAGGCCAAGCGGUCCCACUUCGGCCGGGCCGUGUCCCUCAAGAACUUCAUCCUGAGAAAAGGCAAGUCCACCAGCGUGGACAUGGGCGAAGGCGCCAAGGAAGAGGAAGAGGAGGCCACAGAGGUUGGGGUCGCAGCCGCCACCGAGGAGCCCACCGAAGAGUCCACCAAGGAGACCAACGACAAAGACCAGAAGGGCAGCGACGAGCAGGAGGUAGAGAAAGGCGCGGAGCAGACGCCGAGCGAAGCUCCCGUCGCCAACGGUGAAAACGGCUGCUCCAACGGCUCGGCGGAGGAGAACGGCACGCAGCAUGAGGAGGAGGAGGAGGCAGAGGAGAAGCACAGCCCCCUGAAGAAGACCAAGGAAGUGGGAGGGGCCAAGGAAGAGGCCAACUCCAAGGUCAUCAACGCCACGGCGCCCGUCAACAGCGACAAAAAGGCGGGAAACGUGUGAGGCCACAAAGAGGAUUAGAACUGCCCGGGAUUCGCUGAGCAAGGAGCUCUGAGACCCCCCCCCCCCUCCCCAACCCUCUUCCAAAUCCUCCACCCUAACCACUCCCCCCGCCACACACCACCACCACCACCACACCAGCACCACCACCUCCCUGCUUCCACACCCCCCCCCUCCCAAAUAAAGGAGUAAUCACGUGUUAACGACUCGCCAUGGUGAUGUGGAGCAGGCGGCGAGAGUUCAUGUGGAAAAAAUAAAUAAAAAAUAAACUCAAAAAGCAAUAAUUCACCCCCUCCGCCCCCUCCCACCACAAUCAUUGGCACACACACGCACACACACACACACACACACACCCUGUUUUCUCUGCUUGUUUGUGUGACAUUUUUCUUUGUCAACGAGAGACGAAAACAAUGAAAUGUAUACUUAAAAAAAAAUAACACCCCCCUGCCCGUCUGUUCAUACCGAGCCCUGAUUGGUGGAUUGAAAUAAGAUAAAAACAAGAAGAAAAAAAAAAGAGACUGUUAGUUUUAUAUUGACAGCCAUUUUGCUUUGUAGUGCCCCCCCCCCUCACCCUCAGUCCCUCUCCGUCCAAGUAGAUAUGCGGGUCGAACAGGACUCCAGUACAUAGACUGCUCCAGUAUAUAGACCGCCCCCCGAGGACUGCACCUCCCCAGCAACACUGCAAUGUCUCCAGCUGUGUGUUCAAUGUUUUAGACUGUUGUGUGGUGGACAAAACUCUUGAUUGGUUUUCCUGUCUUAUUUUGUAAGAGCACAUCCUGUCACUGUCAUUAAAAAACGCUCAUCGCCAUGACGACGACGACAACGAUGAUGAUGAUGAUGUUUUGUUGGUCCAGUUUUCACGUCUGCUAGCAAAUUGUCAAAGAAAAACAAACAAUAGUACAAUAAAGACUAAAAUUUAACAACUAAA